AUGGAUAACACACAACAAGCUAAUAUCUACAAUUAUGUGAAUAUAUAUUUUCCAGAAAAUAUAAAGAUAUAUGAAAAUACUUCCAAAUGUUUUCUCUACGGAUUUUCGAAUAGUAGCACUUAUGCCACCAUUUAUGUUACUCCCAACUAUAUUAAAGAAAUAGAAUUCGAAAUGAAUCAUGAGCAGAUAAAAAAUUGGGAAUCAUUUCGAAUACUUGGGGAAUUAAUGUUUGUAAAAAAUUAUGAUGAUAUAGAAAAAUAUGUUAAUUCAAAAAAUAAAAAAGAUAAAAUAAAUUAUAUAUAUAGUAUUUAUUAUAAAAAUAAACCGAUUGUUGUAAAAAUUAAUACAGAAAAUGAAAAAAAAAAUAGUGUCUUAUUUAUUUUAUAUAAUACAAACAAAUAUAUUUAUAACUUUGAUUCUGAUCAUGUAAAUAGUUUAAUUUCAGAUGCAUAUAAAAUAAAUUUCGCAUCUAUAUAUUAUAAUAAAGAUUAUCAUAAAAAAAGUAAUAGCAUAUUAAAUAACUCAAAUUUAAAUAAUGGAAAAACAAAGAACUUAAAUAUAGGCAGUGGGAAGUGUCAGCACAUGCAUACUACAUCAUGUGGUGAUAGCAAACGGUGUGAUAGUGAACGGUGUGAUAGCAAACGGUGUGAUAGUGAACGGUGUGAUAGCAAACGUUGUGAUAGUGAACGUUGUGAUAGUGAACGUUGUGAUAGUGAACGGUGUGAUAGAGAAAAAGGGAAAAAAAGUUAUGACUUAUCGAAAAACAAGAUAUGUGAACACUUACUUAUAAGGGAUGUAAUCAAAUUAAUAAAUUUAAGAUAUGUUUAUAUUGAAGAAAUGGAAAAAUAUGAAAAUAAAAAUAAUGGAAAUAUCCCAAAAAAUAUAAUAACUCCAAAAUUUAUUUAUAUAAUUUAUAUAUGGCUUUUUUUUAUGUACAUAAUUUCAGUUAUAAAUAAGACAAUAUAUUAUUUAUUUUAUAUACCAUAUAUUUUUAGCGAAAAAUUUGAUUCGAAAAAUAAAUUAACUAUUUUAAAAUUAAUAAAAGAUAAAUGUUUGUUAAAUUCAGAAUGGUAUAAAAUAUUUUUGCAAAUUAUUAAAAAUAAAAAAAAAAAAAAUUUUUACAUAUAUUAUAAAUAUAAACAAAUAUUAUUAAUUCGAGCAUUUAGUUUAUUAUUAGAUGUAUUGGGUGGUAUCAUUUUAUUUUAUAUCAUCUCAAUUCAAAUAUUUAAUUUAGGUUUUAUUUAUGAUAAAAUAAAAACCGUCUUUGAAACGACCACUUUAACAUCAAUAUUAGGUACAUUAUUACAAAAGCCAUUUGGAAUCAAAUUAAACAACAAUUUUACAUCUUUUAUUGGAAGUGUUGUAGUAUCUAUUUUAGAUAAAUGGGAGGUUUUUAAAAAUUUAAUUCCAUUUAAAAGGAAUUCGAUAAUUAAUUUUUUCAAUAUAUCCAGUUUAUUGGGAUUGUCUAUUUUUCUUUCUCUUACUAUUGAUUACUUAAGAUUUGCAACUGUACAUGUAACAAUAAUAUUUUUUUUUUUUAAAAAAAUAUUUUCGAUAUUCCAUAGUACUAUGUACUCUUUGUAUUUACUAUUCAAUGGAAAAAAAUGGAAUGUUUUAAAAUCGAGAGUAGACACAAAUUACUACACUAAUAAAGAAGUUAUACUUGGCACAAUGUUGUUUGCUAUUUUAAUAUUCCUUUCCCCAACUGUUGUCAUUCUCCUAUUUGUUUUUGGCAUCGUAUACUUUGCAAUUAAAGGGUUUAUAUAUUUUUUGGUAGUUUUAAAGGAAAUUAUUUUAUAUUCCCCUAUUUAUAUUCUCUUAUUAAGAAGCGAAAACAAAUAUAUUAGUAAAGGAAUAAAAAUGAAACAAUGUCAAUAUACAAAAGAAAACGAAUUAAAUGGCUUCCCUCAAUCACAUUACCUACUUUUAGAAAAUGAUAAAUUGUUAUUUUUAGACAAAAUAAAAUUAUUUUUUGCCAUUUUUUUUAAUUACCAAAAUUUCAAAUAA